AUCUUCUCUUUUUUUGUCAGAUUGUUUGCAGUUGUGGAUGAUAUAUUCUGCUUGUUUCAAGGACAUAUUGAGAAUGUUGCUCUUCUUAAGCAACAGUAUGGGUUAAACAAAACAACAAAUGAGGUGAUCAUUGUCAUAGAAGCUUAUAGGACUCUGAGAGAUAGAGGUCCAUAUCCUGCAGAUCAAGUUGUGAGAGAUCUCCAUGGGAAAUUUGCAUUUGUUCUCUAUGACAGCUCUAACAGAACUGCAUUUCUAGCUGCUGAUGCUGAUGAGAGUGUUCCCUUCUUCUGGGGAGUAGAUUCUGAAGGCCAUCUUGUUCUUUCUGAUGAUGAAGAGACUGUGAAGAAGGGCUGCGGGAAAUCUUUUGCUCCAUUUCCUAAAGGAUGCUUCUUUACAACCUCUGGAGGUUUGAGGAGUUUUGAGCACCCGCUAAAUGAGUUAAGGGCAGAGCCACGGGUGGAUAGUUCUAGCCAGAUGUGUGGUGCAAAUUUCAAGGUGGAUGUUGAAGCCAAGAAGGAGAGUGGCAUGGCUAGAGUUGGGAGUGCUGCAAACUGGUCCACACACUACUGAGCUCUUAAGUUAUAACCAUCUUGAUUACAUCAAGACUUUCAUUAUUCACUUGGCC